UUUGAAUAUCAUCAAUUUCAAUCUUGAACAUAGAAUCUAUUCAUUGAAUAAAAUAAUUAAAGGAGUUUAUUACAUAGUUGGCUUCAUAGGCUAAUACAAACAUCAUAUAAUAAAGUAGACCUACUUUAAAGAAAGUUCAUAUUAUUCAGUAAUAGCAUGUAGUCAUUUUCAUUUGAUAAAAUAUGAGAUUCAUCAUUAAGUAUUUCACGAAUGAAGACAGGUAAAAUAGUAACGCAUAAAUUAUAACCAAUUAUUAUGAAAGUAAAUUAAAUGGUAAUUUCAGAUAUAAACCCUAAACAAACAAAAAAAUAAAACUUUAUAACUAGUAUUUACUACCAUAAGUAAACAAAUAUAAAUGGCCAUAGAUAAAUCACGUGCAGUAAUAGAUAAAUCAGAUAUGAUACCUGAAAUGGAAGAAGAUGCUGUUUAUGUAGCUGCAAUGGCAAUGGAAAAACAUAAUAUUGAUAUGCAUAUUGCAAGUUAUAUUAAACAUGAAUUUGAUCGUAAAUAUAAAGCAACUUGGAAUUGUAUUGUUGGAAAAAAUUUUGGAAGCUUUAUACAUCAUGACAGAGGAGGAUUUAUAAGCUUUCGUUUAAAUAGUAUGAAUAUACUACUCUUUAAAUUGGGAUAAAUUUAAAAUGAUACCUAUGUAUGAAUCAUUUAUUUACCGUUUUAAUGUAAAUUAUAUAAUUGUAUAUUUCUAGUUUUUAUUUUUUUUUAAAUAUAGUAAUAAUAAUAAAUUAAUUCUUUAAA